AUGGCCAAGAGCAGUGCCUAUCACAAGGAGUACACCGCGCAGUACGGUAUGCCCAGAAGGAGGACGUUGGCUGGAGGUAAGGAUUACUGUAACUUACUUUAAAUUUUUUGAAGAAAUCUGCUUUGACCCUUACCCUACCCUACCCUACCCUACCCUACCUUACCCUACCCAACCCUACCCAACCCUACCCUACCCAACCCUACCCAACCCUGCCCUGCCCUGCCCUGCCCUGCCCUGCCCUGCCCUGCCCUGCCCUACCCUAUCUUUCCCCUGCUCUAUAUUACACUGCCCCUUUUGUUGCACCAUCCCCCUCCCCUUAAAUCCUACAAGGACUCGUCCCCAUAGUGUACUUAGCAAAUUACAAGCUGAUUAAAGAAUUCGGAAUGGUUCAAUUCCAGCCUCCAAAUUACGUUAGCGGCCGCAAGAGCUGGGCAUGGGAAGAUUUGAAAGCGAACGCACGUUUUCAUUCAUUAAGUUGUAAUAAAGCAUUCUACUCUGAGAUUACAACCCUGCCUAAUGAAUAGUUAAUCAGUAGUUGGGAAGUAUUUAAGGCAUUCGAACUCGUGUUUAUAUUAGAAUUGAGCGGCUAAACAUUUGUUGAUUAUAUUUGGACUAAAAGUUGGGCUUUUGGUACCACUUUGGCCUACAACUUUAAUAUCUGGUACUAAUUCGCCUUAUAACUUGGGUUACUGGUACUAUUUCGCCAAAAAAAUUAGAGUAGCUGGUACUGUUUGAAACCUUAGUCCCAAAAACUUUUGUUUUUGACACCUUCUACAAGCAUAUACCUACAAAACGUAAUAUCAUCAUACCUAUACCCUUGUGUACCAAUAAGGAACUAAAUACCUGGAUAACUUAAAGUGGAUAUUCGAGUAUCUAAACAACUCUUAUUUUGAAAUUUAAACCAAUUUCAAACGGUUUUUUCCAUACUUUGAUCGACUGAGAGCCGGUUUUGGGUAUAUAAGCUAUAAAGGAUCAUUUCAAGCAUUUUUAUGUCAAUACUGGCGGGAAAUACUAUUUAAACGCUAGACUGUUACCUAUUCUACUAGUGCGGCGGUAAAAAUUUGCUUGUUGAGUCACUGGAAUUGAGCUAGAAUCAAUUGAGUUCAGCUAGUUUAGUUCAUCCGAUAUUAUCCUACCUUCACUACUUUAAUUGGCCAUAACUUUUUUGCCUUUAAGUAAAACUAAAAAUACUUUUACUAUAUUAAACUAGACACUACAAGCUACAAAGCAUCUUACAUUGGAGCAAUCUGAGUGCAGUUGAAUAUGUUUUCAGAGACGAAUCACUUCUCUAAAGACUAUUGGGAGAAGAAAGGCCAACGAAAAGCCCAAUCCAUGUCCAGCAAACCCACAUCUGACUUUUGGAUGGUCGGAUCAGAAAAACAAUAUCGACAAGAAGUUUUUAGUCGCAAUUGUAAGUAUUUUUAAUUUUUGGUUUGUUAGUUUUGGCAAGAUUGAUAUUUGUAGACGAAGUGUCACAAUUUAUUUGCAUUUCGUCACAUGCGUACUCAAAGUGUACUAUUUGUACUAUUUUGAUAAUACUGAGAAUAUUUGGUGUUUUUACCCUAUAAAAUUUUUAUUUCCGCAAAAUUUCUUGAUAUAUCAUAUUUUAUAUUAACCAUGACAUCAGACUACAUAAAAAAUAUCCUAAUAUCAAAUAUUUUCAGCCGACAACUUUUACCAAAACAAAUCCUCAUACCGGUCGACAAGCGCAUUCGAAUCCCCGUUCAGCUCAAGUUCAUCAAGCUCAUCCAGCUCAUCAACCACCUCUUCCACGCCCAAACCCACUCAAACCCCGCCGCCCCUGUUUCGACCACAAAAACAGUCGAUUCCGACGCAUCCACUGGGAAUGGGUCCCUCACCGUUUACUUUCUAA